UUUUCUUAGGAAAUUGUAAUUUUAUAAAAAGUGACAUCCUUGAUAAUUUUUCCAUAAAUAAUAUAAUGUUUCUUAUCAAACCAACACUGAUACCACAACUCUUUGAAGUCCAAUAUCCCUUGACUCCUCCCACCAAUGAAAAAAGUGCUAAUCAAUAUUAACCGGUUUGAUGAUCUCAUUUACUACCUAAAUUAGUUCAUAAAGUUCUGUUAUCAAACUUUUGAGCUUUUACUUUUUUGUUUGCAUAAAUGAAGCAGUUCAAAUUUGUGGUGGGGGUUGAUAGGCUAUGUCAGAAACGGGUGAUCGUAUCUACACGUAGCGACUUCAGAGCUCCUAGCUCAGUUUUCUGCAGUCUAGUCUGACAUGUCUUGGGUGUGUGAUGAGUUGAGUGAUGUUUGAGCAGUGUUUGUGGUGUGUUUUAUUAUUCAACGACAAAUUUGAGGCGCUUAGAUCGAAUGGAUUAAAAUUAUUGAAAAGGUAGUGCACAAGCCUCAGUGAGAAGGACAGACUUCGUAACGCUACCGAUCCGAACUAUACAACAAUGAUCGAAGUAAUUGGGUGACGUAGUGUGGUAGCAGAGUGUGGCAUGUUGGACGGAGAGAAGAGUAUGUCACUGGGCAAACUGCCGCACUCGCACUCGACGCCGCUGGGCGUGAUGGAGGGGGGCAGCAGGGUGGGCUCCACCAGUGGCUUGACCCACUCCAACGCCGCCUCCCAGCUGCAGCUCAAGAAGGCCGGGGGCGGUGGCGGUGGGGGCGGCAAGAUGCUGGCCAUCAGGGUGCAGAUGCUAGACGACUCGGUUACCAUGUUCCAGAUACAGGCGAAAGCUGUGGGACGGGUGUUAUUUGAUCAGGUCUGCAAGCAACUGCAUCUUUUAGAAGCUGACUACUUUGGCCUCGAGUACCAAGAUGUCGCUGGCACAAGGUACUGGGUAGACCUAGAGAAACCCGUUGCCCGUCAGGUAGGCCUGUCAUUGGUCGAUCCCCUGCUGAGGUUCUGCGUAAAGUUCUACACCCCGGACCCGGCUCAGUUGGAGGAGGAGUUCACGCGCUACCUGUUCUGCCUGCAGGUGAAGCGAGACCUGGCCACCGGUCACAUACAGUGCAACGACAACACGGCUGCGCUCAUGGCUUCAUACAUUGUGCAGGCUGAAUGUGGGGAUUAUGUAGCAGAGGACUACCCGGAUCCAUCUUAUUUGAGUGUAUAUAAAUUCGUACCACACCAAGAUCUCGAACUCGAACGAAGAAUUAUGGAAAACCAUAAAAAGCAUGUGGGUCAAUCGCCGGCGGAAGCUGAUUUGAACCUGCUUGAAACAGCUCGAAGAUGCGAGCUGUACGGCAUGAAAAUGCAUCCCGCUAAGGACCAUGAAGGAGUUCCUCUGAACCUGAGUGUUGCUCAUAUGGGAAUUGUUGUUUUUCAAAACUAUACAAAGAUAAACACGUUCUCGUGGGCGAAAAUUAGGAAAAUCAGCUUUAAGAGAAAACGAUUUCUCAUAAAACUACAUCCUGAAGGAUAUGGCUACUACAAAGAUACGGUAGAAUUUUUCUUCGAAGGACGUAACGAGUGUAAAAACUUUUGGAAGAAAUGCGUGGAGAAUCACGGCUUCUUCAGGUGUUCGAUCGUAAAGAAAGUGCCCCGUCAACGGACCAGGGUUCUCAGUCGCGGAUCCUCGUUCAGGUAUAGCGGGAAAACGCAGAAACAAAUAGUCGAGUUUGUGCGGGAGAACUACGUGAAACGGCAGACGUUCCAAAGGUAA